UUGACUGUAUUUAUUAUUUUGAGUAGUAUGUUUCAACCUCUACCUGCACCAUACACACAAACACAAAUCAAAAUUCUGCCCCUGCUAAGGGCCAUGCACGCUGAUGUCUCAGGUUCCCUAUUUAAGUGUGUGUGUGAAAGUGAGAGAGAGAGAGGGAGGGAAUCGGGGGUAUCCAAUACAGGAUAAAAUUAGUCCAGCCAGGCCUUAUACUGCUGACGGAGCUGUGGUGGCCAAAAAAAGCCUGCAGUCUGAGCCAACGGUGGAGCACAAGGAAGCGAGGAAAGCAACCGAGAUCAGCGCUGAAAUGGCCACCAAACUUGUGGAUCUGGUGUAUUGGCGUAAGAUGAGAAAGACCGGUGUGGUGUUCACGGGUUUGGUGAUCAGUCUGGCCAGUCUGUUCCAGCUCAGCGCCAUCACCGUGCUCUCCCACAUCUGUCUUGGUGUCAUGUCUGUCACCUUCAUCCUCCGCCUUUAUUACAAACUGCUGGAGCUGCUGCGCUGGAACUCCGGAGUCCAUCCCUUCCAGUCAUAUCUGGACCACGACAGCUCUCUGACGGAUAAGGAGACGGUGAUGGUGGUGGAGGAGGUGGUGCUGCUGAUCGCAUUUGCCUGGACGGAGAUCAAACGGCUGAUUUUCAUCGAAAGCAUGAUCGACUCAAUUAAGUUCGUUGUGCUCCUGUACCUGCUGUCCUAUGUUGGAGUCCAGACGAGCGGACUGACUCUGGUGAUAACCGCUGUGAUCGUUAUUUUCUCGCUUCCUCUGUUGUACAAAAAGCAGCAGAUGCGGAUAAGGAGGAUGCUCAGAGCGCUCAGAGCCUUCGUAAAGAGAAUCAAAAACAUGUGCUUCGGUCUGUGUGAGGCAGUGAGACCUUCUCCUGCUGCUCCACCCGCGGCGGCACCUACACCCACACCCUCACCAGCGCCCGCACCCAAGCAGAAAUCCAAGUCAAAGUAACUUGCUGGUUGCCUGUCGAAAGCACCUGGGAUUAGGAAUUUGAGAAAUGUUGGAAUGGUACGUGCUCUGCUGGGCCGCUUUGAGGGGACAUUUCUCCACCGUGAUGUUCGUUUAUGGCAGCGAGAUCUAAUUGAUCCCGACAGCUGAAACAAAGAGAAGGAGAAGCAGUUGAAAUGUAUGAGGAGAGAUUUUUUUGUAUUUACUGAGAUGCUUUCUGUGGGAUGUGUUUAAUUUAACCUGUUCACAGAGCACUUUUUUUUUCCCUUUGAUAACAGGUCUAUUUUUACAUAACAGCGAGCACCGUGUUCCUGUUAAGCUGCAGAUUUAUUCAUGACAAAGAAGUGAAGCAUUAUUGCUGCUCUCAUUAGGGAGCAGCAUGAAUAGUUAGCUGGCCAGAAUAAAUCUGACAUGAACAUCACCCGCCAUUAAUUAACCUAAACUGUGCGCUUGCUACGUUUAUCAAGUAUUAAGUAUUAUCAAAAGCUUUUUAAGAAGCAACGUUUUGCAACAUUUAUGAGAAAUAAUGAGCACGUUGUCCUCUGCUCCUCGUGCUCAUUGCACUUUAAUCAACACAGUGACUCACUGCUGCUCGUGGUUAAUGAUUAAAGUAAGGAAACUUUUACUGUCCUGCGGUAACUUAAAUAGCAGAGAUCUCUUUACUGUUAAGACAGAUAUUUUUGCUCUUGUUUUUAACUGCUGGUUAAAAUGGAAAACGGCUUUAGAUGCUGAAAGCUCCACAGGGUUCACCAGCCAACUUUAUCUGACUUUGUGCUGAGUGUUCAGUGGGUUUUUAAAAAAUGAAGACAGCUGCAUUCAGCGGUGGAAAAUGUUCAAAUAAAACCGUCAAAAUGCGGCAGAGGAAAAAAUGCUAAAGUACUUUGUAGAGCUGAACUUCCGAGUUGGGUCAUGGAAUCUAUUGCUAAUGUAAAACAUAUCACUACGCUGCCAGAAGCCUUUUGUCCACAAAGUCAGUCUUACAAACAGCUCUUCAGCAAAGGAACAAAGGCCAACGAUUCACCUUACUUCAGUUACCCAGUUUGUAGUUUUAAACAUUUAAAAGUCCUAUCACAACACGCAGCUGAGAAAAUGCCACAGGGGCAGUUUAUCAAGGAGGUUACCGGCAAAUUUAAAAAAAAAUCAUCCUGAAGGUACAAUCAUCAAUUCCACAGCGUCGAUAAAAUUACAUUUGACUCAAGAAAUUCCCCAAGGAUUUUAAUAAAUAUGUAUAUAUUGUCCGUCCGUAACAAUUCAGAACUUCUAGCCAGGAUGUUUUCAUUUAGAUACUGGAUAGCUGGUCGCUGGCAAAACUGCACGCUAACAUCUUUUAAAAUGAACCAAGAAUGAAAUAACCAAAAGUUGUCUUUGAAAUCUCUCCACACUGUGUCUGAUUAAUUGUCCCUUGAUCUGACGGACAUUAAAACUUCCCCAAUGCUUUAGCUUACAUGAGGUUGAGUAGAUAAUCACAAGUUUCAAUUAUGGAUGACAUCAUCCUUUAUUUAUCCUUCAACCCUUUUCUGACAACUCUACUUAUUUAUCUGCCAAAAAGACAGUUUACAGUUAUUUCAAUGCAGAUGUUUUGAUGGCCAGCUGCUGUUGGCAUGUCAGGUUAAUGUUGUUGACCUUGUAGUGCUCUCUAGUGGUCGGUGUUUCAGACCUUGAAACUGCACUUACAAACACGUCUUAAUAAACUGAAUCAUUUCAUACUGCAUCCCUCAAAGCGGGCUUUGGUCAUUUCAAUCCGUAAUGGAAGAAAACGGGUCAAAACACCUUAGUUGUUAAAAGACAAAGUACACGGUAUGAUUUGUGUUUGGAUUUAAGACCACUUAUGAACCGUUUUCCUAAGAGCUAUUUAUUUGGUGGAAAGAAGUUCUGAAGAGCAAGAAGAUCAUUUUCUUGCUACUAUUAGAAGUUAUUGAGACAACGUAUUGUCUCAAUAUGGGGGAACCGGCCCCCCUUAAAGACGCAUCACGCUGCGGCCUACCUGGGUAAAAGCUGAAAGGCCGUUAAUGAAUUUUACUCCCUAAUUCAUCCGGUUUAUGUGGAAUUGGCAUCUUUAGGAGUUAUGUUAUAUUCUUUUAUGAUGAAUGUUGCUUAAUGCAACAGUAAAUUGUACAAAAAAAACAAUGUAAUUAUGAUUAGAAAGAUGUUUAAAGUAAGGCUUUUCUUCUCUCAUUGUCGUCACUUUUAUCUCUUCUUUUGGAUUAACCUUCUUUCUAUAUUGUUUCCUAUCAUGUUGCCCCAAAAUAAAAGCUUAUUUACUAAAAAAGACCA